AUGCGGCCGGGACCCGUGCUCCUCCUACUGGGCCUGGGCCUGAGCCUGAGCGGUGGCCCUGGCCGCCGCCCGCCGACCCCGGCUCCUCGCGGGGCCAGCGCCACCGUCCCUAGGGUGCCCGGCUCGCCGUCCGGCGACCUACUCGGCCGGGAGCCCGCCUCGGCCCGCCGCGCCCCGCCCGAGGCCCGGGUCCGCGUCCCGGCGCGGACCCAGGCGGCCGUGCUGCGCUCGGUCAGGGGCGCCCGGGGCCUCGGGGUGCGCGGCGUCGGCGGUGGUGGCGUCCGCGUUGGCGGCGGCCGCGGCCGCUUCAGCCUACGGCCCCGCGCGGCCCCGGGCAGCGGCGUCAUCCUGAGCGGCGGCCGCGACCUCUGUCUGCGAACCGGGCGGCUCACAGGCCCGGCGCCGCGCUGCCUCCGCACGCACGUCCUGCUGCGCGCCCGCCGCGCUGCCGCCGCUGCCGCCGCGCCCGCCCACGUGGACCUGCAGCUGUCGGCGCCCGGCGGCCGGCUCUCCCUGCGCUGGCUCGCCCGCCUGCCGCGCUCCCUCGGGCGUCUGGAGUGGACCUUCCGCCUCGGGCUGCUCGGGCCCAUGGUCCCCACGGCCGCCGCUGCCGCCGCCCGCGUGUCGCCCCGCUCGGCGGUGUCGCCCCUUUCGGCUCUGCCCCGCGGCCCACGCUCCUACGCGGGCUUAGUGGCCAGAACCAAGUGUCCCACGGACGGGCCCACGCCUGUCGUCUUAGAGGCUGUCAACCCGAACACUUCCCAAGCCUUGGAGUCCUCGGUGUCCCGUCAGGGGGUCUGUGUGUUGGAUCUGGUGAGGAUCGAAAGGAAUGACGAUUCUCCCCUGCAGCUGACCCGGAAGAUGGAAGUCACCAUCAAUGCCACGGUUAAGGCCCACUGCCCAAACCAAAGGUUCUUUGGUCAGUAUUGGAAACUCUAUUCCGUGGCCUCUGUAUCUGACAAGCCGGACUGGACUAAACCUUUGCAAAACCCACCUUUAAAGUCAGGGAACACUCCAUCAAGUAUACGUAUCUCCGCGCAUUCUUUAUCUUGGGGGGUGUAUCUGCUUAAUUUCUCCGUGUACAUCGUCACAUAUGAUCCAACGAUACCUCUGAAGAAAGACUCAGAUUCCAUCUAUAUCAUCAUUGUUAAAAGUCCCCUGCAGGCGGUUAUUCCUGGGGAUACCAACAUCACAGUUAAUUUCUCAGAUGGACUGACUCUGAAUGGAAAUAUGUCCUCUGAUCCAGAGGCAGGAAACCCUUUAGAGGGACUUCAUUUUUUUUGGUACUGUACCACAGACCCAAGAAACUACGAUGGACAUGAAAUUACAGUGAGGAGCAAGGAGGUCUGUCUCCCAGAGCAGGUUGAUCUCAGGUGGACGUGGGCCUCCGGUCCUAUACUCACACUUUUGCCAGAAACACUUCACGGCGGCCGUGUGUAUUUUUUCAGACUGGUGGUCCAGAAGAACGACAGAACAGCAUUUGCUGAUAGGACAGUGCAUGUGCUCCAAGGACCAGCACCUGUAGCAAACAUUUCAUGUAUUGAAAAUUGUGAUACAGUUUUGAUUAUAGCAGAGAGAUUUUCUUUGUCUCUAGAAUGCCCACGUUGUAAAGCAGGCCGCGAUGUCUAUCAAUGGUCCAUUCUGUCGUCGUCAGGUGGGAAGAUGCCAUUUGAUUGGACGGGGCAAACAACAACAGGGCGGAACGGUGCAUAUUUGUCUGUAAAAGCUUUUGCUUUUCGGCGUUUCGUUGAAGAUAACUUUUGGAUUUCUCUCAAUCUAGCAACCUGGGGUGGAUCGAGCUUGGUCUUAAGGCAUCCCUUCGUUAUUCACCACGUCCCUGAAACCACAGAAUGCAAAAUUGAUCCAGCUGAAGGAAUUGCCUUCAUUACUAAAUUUGUUGUCCAUUGUAGUAGGUUCAAGGAUAAGAACAUCGUUCCUACAUAUAAAAUAAUAGUUCCUGAUGUGCGUGGUUUUGGUGAAAUCAGUUCUUUAAAAGAGAAUAACUUUGGGUCCAUCCUCUAUUGGGGGAAGAAUUGCACAGCGCCCCCUUCCUUUCUCCCUGUUGGUGUGUUGGCCAAUCAUUACGCCUUGAAGAUAUAUGCUCAGGCAUAUAAUACCUCUCUGGGAGCUUUUUCUCAGGUGACUUUGUACGCCACUGUACAGGCUCCCACUGACAUAAACUCAUCAAGGACUGUGCUGCAGGAGUUAUUCAGUUCCACUGUGGGACCAGAUUCAUCACUGUCUACUUUGCUUCAACAGCGGGAUUUUUUACCUGCAGGUUAUUUAAUGUAUAUUGUAGCUUCUGUCUUGAAUAGCAUGAAAACUGACUCACAUCUGCAAGCUGACCAAAUUAGACUCCGAGAACACCUUUUCAAUCAGUCUUUCAUUCUUCCUGUAAACACUUUGGCGGAAAUUAGCCAGGUGGUCAUGACUGUUACUAAAUUAACGCAGAAAACCUCGGAGUUCUCCUCGCUUGCUCAGAAACUGGCCACGGUGAGGAUUUGGCAAGCAAGCCGAGCCCUCCAAGAGUGUCACCAGAGGGAUAAGCACAUUUCUUCUGAGCAGAUAGAAAGUGUAAGCACUGGAAUAUUAACAAGUUUGUCUAAUAUCCUGAAACUGAUGGUUCGUCAUGAAGUGGUCGAAGAGCCUUUCCAUGUCGUUGAAUCUCUAGCAGAGACAGUAUUGGCUGUAAAAGUGCCAGAGAAUAAGACCACUGCGAUGAGGACGUCCAACUUUAACAUGUAUGUCAAGAAAACGGAGAAGUGGAAUGUUACCAAGUUUUUCAGCACUGAGAAACACUGUCGAAAUUGUUUUUAUCCAACCCUGAACGUGAGCAGCGUUCCUAGUCUGCCUGCCAACGCUCCAAUCUCUACAAUGUUUUGUGAGUUUGCAGAUGACCCUUUCCCUUGGCUAAAUUAUGGGGAAAACAUUUUGACCGAGGUGGUUGGAUUCCGAAUGACAGGAACCGAGGCCACCGGUGACGUGAUUGAGAUCACACCUGAUGUAGUGGAAGUGUACCUCGUCAGAAAAAACUUGAGCUUUGGGACUUUUAAUCUCACGGUGGGCCCCAGCAAGGAGUCUCCUAAAGCAAAUGAGUCAUUGAGAAAGACGACGGGGGCAUUUAGCUUUGAAGUGGACAGCAGAGCAGGGAAGGAGGUGCUGAUCCACAUUGUGACGGAAGUGGCCGUGUUGUUCACGGUGUUGGUGUAUGCUGGCCGUCAGAUCACACCCACCGCUUUGAUCGCCACCUACCUCGUGCCCCAUCGCAUCCCCCCAGUUGCCCAAGACAGUGACCUGUUUGACCCUGACUGUACAGUGACGGAGGCCCGCGUGGUUUGCCUUCCCCCAUCCCUGUUGCGGGUCAUAGCUCAGCGAACCAGCUCCUCUGAGCCUACCGUCGCUGUGGUUCUGCAGGCCCCUCAUUUUGUCCUAAAGCCCAAUGACAAGUUAGUGAGAAUUUCUGUUUUCAGCACUCAAUGCUUGGACAUGUAUGGGAUCCAGAGCGAUUGGAGAGAAGACACCUGCGUUGUCGGAGAGAAGACCACCUGGCAGAAAGUGCACUGUAUCUGCAAGAACCCAGGGCGGGCCAGGCGGCAGCUGGACGCAAUGAAACUAGCCAACCUCCACCUGCGUACCCGCUAUUUGACGGCCAAGAGGAGACCUCAGGUGACCCUAGGGGAGGUCGCUCCUCGGAAGCAUCCGUGGACACCAGCAGCAAGUGAACACUGGCAAGAACGAUUAGCAAAGUGGCACACUCGUGAAACUGGCAACGCACACUCCCGGGAGCCUGAAAAGCUUCCACCUACUAGGAGAAGUCCUGGACUUCCCGAGGCUUCUGUCAAGACCACUUCUAAAAGACGGCCCCAGCCCAAGCGAGCAGAAAGCAAGGUCUCCCGCACCCAAAGAAAAAAUAAAAACGCCAAUAACCCAAACGUUGAAGACAAUCAAAGUGUUCCUCCUGGAGAGCACCCUCGCCAGCCCGGUGCUACACCCCUCAAAGAGAAGACCAGGAUUGUUCUGCCGUGGUGUUGCGUUUAUGUCGCAUGGCUCUUGGUUUUUGUCACUUGUAGCAUAUCCUCAUUCUUUAUUGUAUUUUAUGGACUGACUUACGGCUACGAAAAGUCAAUAGAAUGGCUGUUUGCAUCAUUUUGUUGCUUCUUGCAGUCAGUUUUUCUGGUGCAACCAUCUAAAAUUAUGGUCGUGUCAGGCUACAGAACAAGUAAGCCCAAGUAUUGUGAGAACCUUCUGUGGGUUGGCAACUUUCGCUACAGUGAGAUCAAGCUGCAGAGCAUCACGCAGAACCCAGAGGAAAUGCACAGGCGCCAGCAGCACGUCGUCCAGCUCCGAAGCUCGAGGAUGUACCAGCCCCUCACUGAAGACGACAUCACAAUCUUCAAAAGAAAGAAGAGGAUUAAGAGAAGAGCUUUCCUGUUCCUGAGCUACAUCCUCACUCACUUCAUGUUUCUGGCCCUCCUGCUGAGCCUGGUCACCCUCCUACGCCACACCGAUGGCUUUUACUAUAAUCGGUUUAUUCGUGACCAGUUCUCUGUGGAUCUGGCGUCGGUGACCAAGCUGGAAGACAUCUUUCGGUGGCUGAACAGCGUGCUGUUGCCUCUGCUCCACAACGACCUGCGUCCCACCUUUCUCCCUGAAAGCUCCUCUAAAAUCCUCGGCCUGCCACGGAUGAGGCAGGUGAGGGCGCAACCUGGAGAGAAAACCUGUCUGCCUGCCAAACACUUCACGCAGGACAGCCUCAAAAGAGAGAUUCACUGUCACCCCGAAUACGGCACUGACCCAGAAGACACAAAAAGCUACUCCGGGUUGUGGAAUAGAGUUAGUAAGCGGGCUGUAGACAAGACUACGAAAGGAUUUACUUACAAGCCUGGAGAAAAGAGAUGGGCGUACUAUUCCUAUGGGCUGUUGCAUACCUACGGGUCAGGAGGGUACGCGUUCUAUUUUUUUCCGGAAGAGCAGCAGUUUAAUUCCACACGGAGGCUCAGCGAACUCCAGGGAAGCCAUUGGCUGGAUGAAAAGACGUGGGCUGUGAUCUUGGAACUAACAACUUUUAAUCCAGACACCACUCUCUUCUGCAGCAUCUCAGUCAUCUUUGAGGUCUCUCGGGUAGGAGCUGUGAACACGAGCCUGUCUGCGCACUCCUUCUCGCUUGCCGAUUUCAACAGAAACACUUCCGCAGAAAUCUACUUGUACGUGGCCAUCCUCAUUUUCUUUUUUGCCUACGUUGUCGACGAGGUCUACAUCAUCACACAAGAAAGGUCCGCCUACGUGAAAAGUGUAUAUAAUUUGCUCAACUUUGCUUUAAAAUGCAUCUUUACCGUGCUGAUCGUGCUCUUUUUCAGGAAACACUUCUUGGCUGUCAGUAUAAUUCGGUUUUACCUGUCGAACUCUGAGGAUUUCAUUCCCUUUCAUGCAGUGUCUCAAGUAGAUCACGCCAUGAGGGUGAUGUUGGGUUUCCUGUUGUUUCUGACAAUCCUGAAGUCCCUCAGGUAUUCCAGGUUCUUUUACAACGUGCGUCUCGCACAGAGGACCAUCCAGACUGCCCUUCCCGGCAUCUGCCACAUGGCGCUAGUGGUGUCCGUGUAUUUCUUUGUCUACAUGACUUUUGGUUACCUGGUAUUCGGGCAGCACGAAUGGAACUACAGUGAUAUGACUCACGCCACACAGACAGUACUCUCCUACUGCGUUUCAGCUUUUCAGAACACGGAAUUUUCCAGUAACCGGGUUCUCGGGGUCCUGUUUCUCUCAUCUUUUCUGCUGGUGACGAUCUGCAUAUUGAUCAACUUAUUUCAGGCGGUGAUUUUGUCUGCCUACGGGGAAAUGAAGCAGCCCGUGUAUGAGGAGCCCUCAGAAGAAGCGGAAGCAAUGACCUACCUGUGUCACAGACUAAGAACUGCAUUUGGCUUUCUGUCCUUCAAAUCCAAGGCGGAAGACCAACCCAAGUUCUUUGCCAACAUGAUGUACGGGCGGCCAGAGAAGAGCGACAGCCGGUACCUGGGGCUGAAGACCAGAAACAUUAAUGGGAAGAAAACGGUGUAUCUCGUUGUGUGAUCCAUGACCGUUUCAAGGUCCACAGGCCGGCUUCUCUCAAAUGCUCACUUUCUGGGAUUAAGGAACGUUUAGUGGCUCAGUUGUGCUUUCUCCCCGUGUCCUUCACAAUGCACACCCCCUACGUCUGGAAGUAUCCGCCGUCUUGGCCUCCCCUUCGGAACUUGAGGGUGUCAGAGUGCAGUGCAGCCUCUACAGAGAGAGGAGGAGGACAGCCUGCGAGUCCUGGGUUGAUCUCCCUGUGGCUGGGAAGCUGGUGUCUUUGGUACCUGCUGCAGUUUAGAAGGUUAGAGACCCAGAUCUGGGGUAGGGAACUCAAAGGCCCCCUCAGCCUCACCCCACCUUGCCGGAAGCAGCAGGAAAAUCCUGCUGCUUCUGUGCCCCCCUCCCCGGGGCUGGGAGGCCAGCACUCGCGCUUCAGUGCCUCAGCCCCGCUGGCUGUUCCC